CACAUACGCACACAUACAACGAAACCCAGCACACACACGUACCCGCGAAGAAAACAAUAACAAACAAAUUUGUCAUCGUCCGCUGGAGUUUUGGCCCUAAAAAUGACAUCCAAUCCAACGCAUACCCUCCACCAGGCAAUCCAAGCCAAAUUUGGCCUCCAGGACGCCAGUGUUUCGUCAAAAUUGAGCAGUACAAGUACAAAUAGCAAUUCCCCACAAACGAUGCCCAGAUUUGUCAUUCCGCAGCUGAAGAUUCCACAAUUGCAACUGCAGGCAUCCACGGAUACGGAUGCGCUUGCCCAGCGGGCAUCCCGUCAAGCGGCGGACGCCCACAACCAGUUGCUGCUCAACGAGAUCCAGUUGCGGCGACGCCAGCGAUCCGAGAGCGAGAACAAAGGACCAUCCGCGGGAUUUGUGAUUCCCCAACUGGGAACGACGCCAAAGGACAUACCCAUGAAUAUACCCCUUUUAUCCCGACUGGAGCGAGGUGUGGAUCAACUGCAGAUCGGGGACGUUGCAGGCGAUGGAGCCACAACACCACUCAUUGACCUCUCGUCCACGGUGAUAGCCGGGAACAAGGACGCGCCGCCCAAGGAGUCGGCGAGCAAGACACGCCAGCUGACCACCACCAGCCGGGAGAACUUUGUCAUACCCUUCAUUGCCUGCGAUCGAGGUCGAAGGUGCACCCCCACUGGCGGUCUGCUCGGAGAUCCCGCCACGCGGAGAUCCCUCCACGCGGAGGGCGACGACGAGCUGGCCGACCAGACGCCCGCGAAUACCGAGUUUCGGGAGCAACCAGGGCCCAUUGGCCACAUGCUGGACGCAGUGGUGGGCUAUCCAAAACCGAGGACACCCCGGCUGGAGUACGCCGUCACGCGGCUGGAGCGGCAGCAUCUGAGGAUGUGCCAGCGGGAGGAUUACGGCAGUCAGGUCAAGAGAUUCCGCUUCGAGACGCCCUCGCCGGAUGAGCUUGUCAAGCAGGCGCUGCAGAAAUCCUGGCGCGCCUCGCGCACUUGACUACUUUAGUUGAUAAUUACCGAUAAUUAAUACCCAAUUUUUCAAAUAUCACUCACUCAUUUAAAAUAUCCCUCAACAAGAAAAGGAAGCAUAUAUACCCUUGCAGUUAUUGCAAAAAUUAAAGACUUCUUAAAACAUCUACGGACAUGGCUGAUCAAGAAUAAAUAUACUUUAUACGCUCGCAAA